AUUAGUACAAUAGACUGGAAGGGACAUCUGAAAGGGAUGGGAAUAAACACAUGCGGGGACCCCAAGGAGUGUGUGUAUGGAAGUGUUUUUUAAAUCAUCCAUGAGGGCUCCCGAAUAAAUUCAUCACCUCCUCCCCUUUUGCUUCCCUGGUAGCAUAAAGAAAUCCAGAUAGGUGGAGCGGAGGCGUUGAUAGAGGUAUGAUAACCUAUUUACUGACGAAACAGCAGUCACCUGGAGUGUAGCUGACCAAAAAAAAAAGCAUUCGUUGCUGAUGCUUGGUGUGUAAAGUGGCAUCAUGACAACAGAGAAGAGUUUAGUGGCUGAGGCAGAAAACCCUCCUAAGGACCAAAAACGAGAAGGAAAGGGACAGGAGGAGGCUGGGGCUGGCAAAACAAAUUUGGAGGAACCAAACACAGAAGAGAAACAGGACACUGAGCAAACACUGGGUUCCCCUUCUACUGCAUCUCCCAGCACCCGCAAAAGCAAGGAGAGAAAUUCUGAAGGAAAGGGUUUAUCACGCCUCUUCUCAUCUUUUCUGAAGAGACCAAAAUCUCAGGUGACUGAAGAAGUGAAAGAAAGUCAACAGCCAGGGGAGAAGGACGACGGAGACCGUAAGGAAGUGGAUGAAGGAUUAGGGGAGCAGCUGGAAGAUGAAGUUUUUCUGAAGGCCCCUAUUGCAGCUCCAGAACCAGAACUUAGAACUGAUCCAUCUUUGGAUCUCCAUUCCCUGAGCAGUGCAGAAACCCAGCCUGCUCAAGAAGACAGAAAAGACGAUCAAGACCAAGAAGCCGAUUUCGAGGACAGGGAGGAAUCUGUUGAAGGUGACAAGGAGCAAGAGUCUGCAAACGCUGAUGCAGAAGUAAAGAGUGCGCACAAAGUGGCCAAGAAAUCACCCAACAUGCGUUGCAAGGUUUCUCUCCUUGAUGACACUGUGUAUGAGUGUGAGCUGGAGAAACAUGCCAAGGGACAGGACCUUUUUAAGAAAGUAUGCAACCACUUGAACAUCAUGGAGGAAGACUACUUUUGCCUGGCCGUAUGGGACUCUCCAGCUGUUAAGUUGUGGAUAGACCCUGUCAAAGAUAUCAGGAAACAGGUGCACGGUGCUCCAUGGGAGUUUACCUUCAAUGUGAAGUUUUAUCCACCUGAUCCUGCUCAGCUUACAGAAGAUAUUACCAGGUAUUACCUGUGUCUCCAGCUGCGACAAGAUAUUUUAGCUGGGCGCUUGCCAUGUUCCUUUGCCACUCUUGCUCUUUUGGGUUCUUACACAGUUCAAUCUGAGGUGGGAGACUAUGAUGAAGAUCUACAUGGCACAGAAUAUGUCAGUGAGUUUAAACUGAGCCCAAAUCAGACCAAGGAUCUGGAGGCUAAAGUUGCAGAACUGCACAAGUCUUACAGAUCAAUGACUCCUGCCCAGUCUGACCUGGAGUUUCUGGAAAAUGCCAAAAAGCUGACAAUGUAUGGCGUGGAUAUUCACCAUGCUAAGGACUUGGAGGGUGUAGAUAUUAAGCUUGGAGUUUGCUCUGGAGGUCUCCUCGUCUUCAAGGACAACCUGAGGAUCAACCGCUUCCCAUGGCCCAAAGUGUUAAAAAUCUCAUACAAAAGAAGUAGCUUUUUCAUUAAGAUUCGUCCAGGAGAGCAAGAGCAGUAUGAGAGCACUAUAGGAUUUAAGCUGCCCAGUUACAGAGCUGCAAAAAAACUUUGGAAGGUCUGUGUGGAGCACCACACAUUUUUCAGGUUGACAUCUACAGAGUCCAUCCCUAAACACCGAUUCUUGUCAUUGGGAUCCAAAUUCCGCUACAGUGGGCGCACACAAGCCCAGACUAGACAUGCCAGUGCGCUCAUAGAUAGACCUGCUCCACAGUUUGAACGCACUGCCAGUAAGCGAGCCUCACGUAGUCUGGAUGGAGCAAAGAAAAAGCAUGCCUCAUUUGAGGUAAGAACCCUAGAAGAUGAUGAUAAUGACGUGGAAGUGUUUGAGUUAGAGAAUCCAUUUUCAACUGUACCAUCGACCGUGUCUUACAAAGAAGAGAUCACAUUCAAAAACAUUGACCAGUCUGACCUCAAGAGGCCGGAGGGGAUAAAUGGCGUUGAGCAGCUCCAUAUAGUAAAGGUGGAAACUAAGCAGCCAGCUGCCGUGCCCACCCCUGAACGUAACCCUCGACCAGUGUCUGCACCUGUCAUCACUCCAAUCCAGGUAGUUGUACAACCUUCACCUUCCCGAGGGGCUACUGCUCACAGAGUAGAAGAAUCCUCAACUAAAUUUGAAGAAAAGAAAACUCAGGAGCGGAUCCCAGAGCCAAGAAUCUCCCCAAAGGACAUAAAGAGGUCCCCACAGGGUUCUCCAUCACCCGCUGUUAAUGGAGAGCAAGUGCAGCAGCCUGCUGAAAAAGAGGAUGACAUAAUCCGCAUGAGGAAGAAAAGAGCAAAGAAACUAGAGGGGGAAAACAUUUAUAUCAGACAUAGCAAUUUAAUGUUGGAGGAUUUAGAGACCCGGACUCAGGAGGAGAGCAUUAAACAUCAUGCCAGUAUUCGUGAGCUGAAGAAAAGUUUCAUGGAGUCAGUGCCUGCAUCACGGCCCAGUGAGUGGGAUAAACGCCUCUCUACUCACUCUCCCUUCCGUACCCUCAGUUUCAAUGGACAGGUCCAAACUGGCACUGAUGGGCCUCCCCUAGUGAAAACGCAAACCGUGACCAUCUCUAAUGCUUCAGCCGCUGAGAAAGGGCAAAUACCUACCAAGGAGGUCCCAUUGGUACAUACAGAGACUAAAACAAUCACAUAUGAGGCAGCAAGAGGUGAUGAUGGUAACAAUGAUGGAGAACCUGGCAUUCUGCUUACUGCCCACACGAUUACCUCUGAAACAACCAGUAGUACCACCACAACCCAGAUUACCAAGACUGUUAAAGGUGGUAUCUCUGAGACUCGAAUAGAGAAGAGGAUAGUCAUCACUGGUGAUGGAGACCUGGAUCAUGACCAGGUUUUGGUUCAGGCGAUCAAAGAAGCAAAGGAGCAGCAUCCUGACAUGUCGGUAACCAAAGUGGUGGUUCACCAAGAGACUGAAAUAGCAGAGGAAUAAUUACAGGUUUCAUCUCAAGUCUGCAAUGGGACCACGGAAAUGAUGAUAUACUUAACAGAAAACCAGCAUGUUUCCUCACAAUGCCCCCCACCCCUGGAUAUAUCACUUGGCAAGACUCAUCAUGAAGUACCUGGUUGAACACUGCAAUCUCUUCUAAAGCAAUACUUACCUCUCACCCUCAGAUUCUUUUAACAGAACCUAAGUAGCCUCGGCGUGGGAGGGUUCCAGGCUUGGACAGUCGAACAAUUAUUUAUAAGACUUCAAAUUGUUAUCACUUCUCUUGUAAAGUGUUGUUGCAUACUGUGAAUAAUGAAUGUAACUUGUACAUCUUGUACACUGGAAAUGUCAGUUUAGACACUGUUUAGGUUGCUGACCUUUGUGUAACUUCUUGUCAGCAGUCUUCUCUUUAGUAAUGGAGUGAGGGAAAGACAGUACGGUGCUAUAGUUUGCAGUGCACAUGUUGGAUUUAGUGUCCACAACCUGUGUAGAGAAGUUUGUGUGUGUCAUCUCUGCCUUAUUUAGUUCUUGAAAAUGAUGUAUCACUGAGUUUACACUAGUGUCACCUUGUGUAGGAUACAGUCCAGGUCAUCACUCUUAGUUCUCUUUUUAUCGUGUCACCUCAACUUCUGAUUCUUUUACUCUGUUAACUUUAAGUGUCACAUUGCAGUGAAAGACACAAAUGGUGUGCGUAUCUUCCUUCUGUCUGGUAUCACUGUUUUCUCUGUAUAGAGUCGAUCAACAUGCCUGCCCCCAAUCUUAAAUCUUUAUUUUAGACAGCUGAAUGAGUCAAGGAGGAGAAUAAGAUAGUAUAUCCUGCAUUUAUUUUUAGAGCAUUGGGAAGCGUGGAGCUUCCCAAACUUUCACCUGCUUGUACCCUACAUAAGGAGGAUACAGGGGUGAGGGUCAUUAAACCGAAACAACAAUUAUGUGUGAAUCCUACUUUUUUAACCAUUUUCUUAUAUUUGCUAUUAUUGGAUCUCAUUCAAAGAAAAUGAAAAACAUUUAAAAAAAAAAAAAAGACAGACCUCAUGAUGUAUUAUUUUCUACUUUUAAAUAAUGAAGGAUAUUUGUAAAUGUGGUUUCAUUCAAUUUUUAUAUAUGCAGAUGAAUUGUGAUAGGUCGUACUUUAGCAUAUUUUACUGGCUUCUGAGGUGUGAAAGUACAUUUUCAUCAUGUUGUUGCAAGAUUACACAUUGAAGUAAAUAUUUGUAGCUUCUAA